AUGGAAGAUCAAAUUCUUCAUCAUGACCGGCUUCCUUUUGUCUCAAUUUGCCCUAGCUACCCUCUCCAACUACAACAAACACCAAUCCCAGCUCCAAACCAAGUAUCACUCCCAAUUACUUUUCUUAGUCAUGACCAAAUAGGAAACAGCACAGAUGAAGCGGAUCAGGAUGAGCCAGAAGAAGAACUAGGAGCAAUGAAAGAAAUGAUGUAUAGAAUUGCGGCGAUGCAGCCUGUGGACAUAGAUCCGGCCACGAUUCACAAACCUAAAAGGAAAAACGUUAGGAUUAGCGAUGACCCUCAGAGCGUGGCAGCACGUCUCAGACGAGAAAGGAUAAGUGAAAAGAUUAGAAUUCUUCAACGGCUUGUUCCUGGAGGAAGAAAAAUGGACACUGCUUCAAUGCUAGAUGAAGCUAUCCGUUACGUCAAGUUCUUGAAACGGCAAAUCCGCUCACUCCAACCUAAUCAUCAGCACCAACCAUGCAACACUAAUGGAGAUUGGCAAGUUCCAUACUGCGACAAAACUCUUAAUUCCACCACCACCACCUCAUCCUCCCUCGAACCUCGAGCUGCACGCCGUGGAUACAUUCUCGAUGAUACUGGGGACAAUCCCUUGCGCUUUAAUCACGAGGUAAUAAGUGAUCAGGGCUAA